AUUCAAGCUGCCGACAAUGAAUUGCUGCUUCGUCGCAGGUCUGUUUGUUGCUGUAGUGUUAAUUUACCAGCUGGUGACGUGGCUGAGGUCACGCAUACGUGUCGGCGACUACCACAAAAAGCACGUACUCGUGACAGGUUGUGACACAGGUUUCGGCAAUCUGCUUGCUAAACGGCUCGACGUGUUAGGGUUCCGAGUGUUUGCCGCCUGUCUGACGUCACAAGCGGCGGAGAAACUGCAGGAAGAGACUUCUUCUCGCGUCACCACGUUGGUGCUUGACGUCACAGACGAGAAGAGUAUCAGCGCCGCCAGAGACUUUGUGGCCGCCAGACUGCCGGAGGGUCAAGGUCUGUGGGGUGUUGUGAACAAUGCGGGCAUCAUCGGUCCUCUCGCUCCCAGCGAGUGGGUGUCACGUGAUGGGUAUCAGACAUGUCUGGCGGUCAACCUGUUGGGCCUGAUUGACGUCACUCGGACUUUCCUUCCGCUCGUGCGUCGCGCGCGAGGACGUGUUGUGAACAUCUCGAGCGUGUUGGGAAGAAUCGCUGUUGCCCACUCACCUAACUGCGUGUCUUAUUAUGGCGUGGAGGCUUUCUCCGACUGUCUUCGGAGAGAAGUGUACAGACAGGGUGUACAGGUGUGCAUCAUAGAACCUGGAGCCUUCAAAACAGAUAUGUUCAGACAGGAUAGUCUAUUAAAGUCAUUUAAGAUGUCCUACGAUGCCACACCCGCUGACAUCAGACAACAUUACCCAGAGUUCACAGUGGAAGCAGUUGACAAGAUUACCACCAGGACCUCUGCCAUGCGUUCGCCGAAGCUGCACCUGGUGGUGGACGCCUACGUCUUGGCUCUGACGUCAUGGUUCCCGCCGAUAAGGCAGCUGGUGGGCAGUGACGUGCGUCUGUUCAACCGCCUGCUGUGGAACUUGCCUACGCCCCUCACCGACUGGAUUCUCGUCAAAUUAAGAGAGUUACUUGUAAACUAAUAGCAAAGACCUAGUCUACUUUGACAUCAAACAGUAAUGCUACAAACAUACAUAUGAUUAAACUUUCCCUCACAUAUCAAGAUACUUAAAUCUCUAAUUAAAUGUUUCACAUACGAAGAAUAAUUUAUUAACAAGCAUACGUGCUAUCCUAUUUGUUGUCGAAGAUUUAAAGGCUCACUUGAUGAAAAUAUAUAUGUCUCGAACAAAACUUCGAAAGAAAAUAAAUCAAAAUAUUUGCUUUUCAAAA